UCUUGACACGAUAAAGCGCCGUAGGAGCGUGGGAAGGACGAACGAUGCCGCGGAUGUUAAUAAUUAUUACGAGCAGGCUGGAAGACGGUGGUUGUUGUUUGUACCUCGUAGCCAACGAGCCAUUAAGCUAUCCUCGGAUCGUCAAUCGUUUUUCGAAGUCGCAAGGACAACGCGAUGCUGGAGAAAAGGGGAAAACCUGUUUGUGCUCGAUGGAAAAAAGUUGCUCGAACGUAGACUCGAAAAAGAAGGAAAUGGCGCGUAUUGUUGGGACACGCCUGGUCCCGUGCAACCUUGAAGAAAUCCGCGAUUCGCCGGUAGUUGGUCGAUACACGGGAAAAUGUUUGCAGAGACGCGCAAAGGGAGAAGUCGAUUGGCCGGUCGGUGGAAAAAAUUGCGCGUACCAACAAGAAGGAAGCGAGCGUCCCGUUCAUGGUCUGCUUCGAAGACCGGCUGUUGCCCUUCGUGGAAUACCAGAGACGGGUAAAAGGAACGAGAUGCAGAGAGAUGGGUAAAAGGAAGGGGGAUGCAGAGAGAUGAGAAUCUUUGUCGCGGUUUCCCCUAUAUAAGCGGCGUUUCCUCGGGAAUUGAGGUAUAAUCGUCUCAGCUUUUACGUAGCGUAUCCACACGUUUCAACCACAACCAUGUUCAAAACGCUGUUGUUCGCUGGAUUAUUGGCGGUCGCGUUGGCUGCACCGUCGCCGGCUCCUGCACCAGCCCCGGCUCCAGCACCAGGUCCGGCACCGUCGGCAUCUCUGGUCGCCGCACCCCUGGCCGCCGCUCCAUUGGCCGCACCAGCUCUCCUCUCAAACAUUGGAACACCCCUUCUCUACUCCAACUACCCGGCGCCUAUUCCGGUUGCUAGUUACGCGCCUGCUUCCUCUUACAUCUACAAAAGCAUCUAUCCAUCGAUCUAAUACGAUCGAGCGAUCAAGCGACUGAAUCGAACCAUCGAGUAAUCAACCAAUCGACUCAUCUCUCUCUCAUCCUGAAAAGAUCAAUAAUCGCAUCUCUGUACUUUCUGUGAAGUAUCGUUCGUGCUUCGAUUCUCCGACGAUGUUCUUGUAACUUUAGAUUCGGUAUCAAUAAAACUGUUCAAACGCAAA